GGAAAGGUCUCCAUACCGCGUAAGCCUCGGUAUCCGCGCGUCGGCGCGGCAAGACAAGCGGCGAUGCUUUAUACAAGUAUAGAAAAGCCCGGGAUGCCGAGUCGAGAAGCGCUCUAGCUGCUACUGAAUGACAAGAAAGAAAAUCAAUUAGCGUCUCGCGUAUUACUCGCCUAGUUUCAGUAGGCAGCGAGGUGGCGAUCGAACAAUCUACUCGAUUCGAUCGAGCUUCGCUCCCAGCUCUCCCAUGGGGAACUGCUUCGGCUCCGAGGAGGCCGAAGCUGCUGCGACCGUGAGGGCACCAGCUCAAGGCCACCAUGGACGCCGGCAAGCAGAAGCAGCAGCUCCAGCAAAUAGGCGUAGUCCCAUCAUGGCACCGCCCAAAGCGCUUGCCUCCAUGAGCAGCGCCGCCGGGCAUCACUCCGGGAUGAGGUCGAGCUCGUCCAUGAGCAGCAUCACCACCAGAAGCAGCAGCAGCAGCAGCAACCUGCCCCUGGGAGCAGCCGGCGGCGCGGACGUCGGCGUCGCCGGGGCGCUCUACCCGGAGCCGGAGGGGAGGAUCCUGGAGGUCCCCAACCUCCGAAUCUUCACGUUCGCGGAGCUCAGGGCGGCGACGAGGAACUUCAAGCCGGACAGCGUCCUCGGCGAGGGCGGGUUCGGGCGGGUGUACAAGGGGUGGGUCGACGAGAGGACGAUGAGCCCCGCGCGCAGCGGCACCGGCAUGGUCAUCGCCGUCAAGAAGCUCAACCCCGAGAGCGUGCAGGGCCUGCAAGAAUGGCAGUCUGAGAUAAACUUCCUGGGGAGGCUGUCGCAUCCCAACUUGGUGAGGCUGAUCGGGUACUGCGUGGAGGACAGGGAGCUGCUGCUCGUGUACGAGUUCAUGGCCAAGGGCAGCUUGGAGAAUCACCUCUUCAGGAAAGGCAGCGCCUACCAGCCGAUCUCGUGGAACCUCUGUCUCCGCAUCGCCAUCGGCGCCGCCCGCGGCCUCGCGUUCCUGCACUCGUCGGAGAGGCAGAUCAUCUACCGCGACUUCAAGGCCUCCAACAUCCUCCUCGACACGCACUACAACGCCAAGCUCUCCGACUUCGGGCUCGCCAAGAACGGCCCCACCGCCGGCGAGAGCCACGUCACCACCCGCGUCAUGGGCACCUACGGCUACGCCGCGCCGGAGUACGUCGCCACAGGGCACCUGUACGUGAAGAGCGACGUGUACGGGUUCGGCGUGGUGCUGCUGGAGAUGCUGACGGGGAUGCGGGCGCUGGACACGGGGAGGCCGGCGCCGCAGCACAGCCUCGUGGAGUGGGCCAAGCCGUACCUGGCGGACCGGCGGAAGCUGGCGCGGCUGGUGGACCCGCGCCUGGAGGGGCAGUACCCGUCCAGGGCGGCGCAGCAGGCGGCCCAGCUCACGCUGCGCUGCCUCUCCGGGGACCCCAGGAGCCGGCCCUCCAUGGCCGAGGUCGUCCAGGCCCUCGUGGAGAUCGAGCGGAUCAGGUCGCGUCCCAAGGCCGCGUCGUCGCGGGAGGACGCGUCGCCUCGGGUCCCGACGCGGAGUGGUGGGCACGGGCACCACCAUCACCACCACUCGUCGCGGCCGAGGUCUGGAUCGGACGGCGCGCGGAGCGGAUACCCUUCUCCUCGAGUGAGAUAGCCCCGUCGAGGCCCCAACAUACGCUGGGUUUGGACUUUCGGCCCAAAUUAUCUCCGUACGUUUGCAGAUUGCGGUUGGCCCAAAAGUUGGUGGCCUAACUGCUAGGGGGGGUCAGUAAGGUGCUUUGUCUAAACCUUCUGAAACAAAGAAGUGGAAUGUGAUGUUUCCAUGAAUCGAGAACUUCUUGUGGAUGAGAUUGUGGGGGAUGAGUACAGUAUACGAGAUAUUAGGACUAUAGGAGUAGUGACAAAAUUUUAGAAAUGUCAUUGUCGACUUUUUUGAGCUUAAAGUAGUCUUGAAUGUGAACA